AUUGCUCUCUACAAACUAAAAAGAAAAAAAAAAAAAAAAGAUACUGGUAUAAGUGAAUGUCGUUAAACUAAGGACCGGCCUAUGAGAACUCGAACUCCUCCCUCGCGAGUCGCGACCAGCCCCGACAGAACCAGAAACAAACAACAAAGAAAGAAACUCCACCCAGUGCACCGCCCAGUGAAAAAUAAAAUCAAACGGGUAUUCCCAGCUCCCACUUCGUCGCGACUGUUCCGGACAGCAGCGACAGGCAUAUCUCACAGCAUGCUACUGAUAGCCGGAAGUCGCGAGACGACCGCUCCGCUGCAACGCGGAUUCCGAGCAUGGCGUAGACAUCAAUCAUUCUGGUACCAUUAUGUCAUCUGGCCCUUCAUCUGAAUAUUCAUCAUCUUGUCUGUCUUCUACCGAUCAUCAUCGGAGAAUCAAGAAUCUGUUUACUUGGUGAUCAAGUUCAGAUAGUCGGCCACGAUAAGCGUCACCAUCCUGUGGAUCCGGGGUUAGUUUGGUUUUUAGUUCA